AUGUGCAAGGAUGCCGCAAAGCCUCCAGUCGCCAGGCCAUCUCCCAAGCGGGAGAUACAAUUCUCAGUAACUGCUUCAGACGGUCGCCGAGGCCGCGACGCGCCUGCGCAGUGGGCGAAGGCGGCCUUUUGCAGUUCCUGCCAAUUCUCGGUGCGAGCUGGCCUGGAACUAGUUCUGCGUUCUGUGGAAGCACUGAACGUGCCUCAGCUGCCGGAGCUGCUUAAGCUAUAUGACCAGAGGCUCUUUCCAAAUGCAAGGUACUAUCGCUGUCUCAAAUAUGGCAGAGUGAUAGAGAAUUAUUGA